UUUUAACCUCACCAGUGAAACACCUCCAUGCUUUUCAACAAAAAUGAUCCCAUAAGAUCCGGGAUGGCAUUUUCUAUUUUCCAAGGAACAUGAACAUCACAAAUAAUGAGCUUCAAACAAAGACUCCCCCCAGAAAACACUAAUCAAAAUGUUGGCUGUGAUCCAAUCUCGAAUACUUCCAAACGGAAUAGUGGUCUAUUUGCUUUCUUAAAAUGGUUCAAGCCUUCCACGUCUCGGGAAUCUAUAGAUACGGAUCUACAAAUAUCUCACUCAAGUAGCUGUGAUAGUUUAACCUCUUCUCAUAGUGUCGGUACGGUCGCUUCUUUCUCUUAUAUCGCACCCGGUGAUUACAAGCAUAGUGUGUCGGAAAAGUGCAUAACCCCCGGCCCGGAAACGGACACUUACAAAGCAAGACUGAAACAACGCGACAAAAUACGCGAACGGGACAAAGACAAGAAUCUUACGCUAAGAAAGAAGUAUAACUUAUUUUUCAACAGAGACUCGUUACUUAAAUCUAAAAAUAAAAAAGAAGAAAUUGAAAACUCUAAAAGUUUACCUCUGAUGACGAGAGGUGUUAUGGAAGAAACCCAAGAAGAAAUUAAUAAGGUAGUGCAUCGUAGAACCAAUAGUGAAUCCUCAAAAAUCAGAAAAGCUGGUGCAUAUCUUCAUGUUAAAGGUAAGCGAAAAGCCCCACAGCCCCCUGGAAACAAGCUAAAUCCUCAAGACGAAACUUCAACUGCUAGUUUACGAAGAAAAAAGCGCUUAGCUCCUCAGCCACCCACCAUAGAAGAAAAAAUAAUGAAAACUGGUAAAGAAAAGACUGAUGCUCCUGUAUACGAAGACGUAGGAAUCAUUUGUAAUGAUUCGUUAAAGCUAGAUCACGGCAUUUUGCGACCUGUCAAAGAAUCAAAUAUGCCGAGUACUACUACAAAUCAAAUAACACAACGCUGGCCCCUUCCUCCGCUAGAACGAGCAUAGAAGCUCCUGUGUCACCAAGAGCGUGGUAUAAAAGAAACUUAGCAGACAAGAUAAAAAAGGAUAAAACAGACAGCAGGUACGAACCCAUCGAAAUACUUCCGGAAGUUCAAUUCUCUAGAAAUUCCUCCCUGGAUUUAACUUUAGAAGACGCAAAAUUAGAUCGAAAAAAAGAAGACAAACGAAAGUCAGGUAUGACGUUUCUUACAAAUAUAAGCGAGCUGGACAGAGAAGCAUAUGAAAUAGUAAAAAACAAAGAAUAUGAGGCUAUAUCGAAGUCAAAUAUCUCAGAAAUGCCAGAAUUCAUGCGACCUAAAAAUACCAAAGUGGAACCAGAAGAGUGGAUUGUAUCUCCCAAAAGAAGAUCCGCAAGAGAUUUAAUAGCUAAAUUUAACGCUAUAACAAACGUACGAAAAGGAGUUUUUGGAUCACAAAAGGACAAACUGUUAGACAAACAGACGAGCCUGGAUGAAACUAAAAGAAGACAGGAAUUUCUGUUAGAAAGUCACAAAAAACGUUUAGAAGAGAUAGACAAGAAAAACUCGCCUUUAAUGAAGUCUGAAAGUGCCAGUGCUAUUAAACCAAAGAAGGAGACUCCAAAGCUAGAGAGAAAGAGUUGGCAUUGUCCAAAAUGUAACGUUGAAAAUGAGUAUUGGAGGAUUAUUUGCCACGUGUGCUCCAACAUUAAACCAUACUUUGAUGAUUUUUCCUCGUCAUCGAAAACUGAAAGUAACGUACAAGAAAAAACAGUUAUUAAAGAAACUAGUCCACCAAAAAAGACUGAAAUGAAUUUUGAACGAUCUAAAACGCAGAUAGGAUUUUCUGCUUUAGUUAAUUACAAUAACAAACUCAAAGUAGGAAAUCCAUCCAGUUCGAAUGAUGAAAAAGUAGAAGACACGAAGAAAGAAGAAAAAGAAAAACUGAAAAAAAUGUUAAUAGAAAUGAAAAAUUCUUUACCAAAACGAAAAAUAGCACAAAGGAAAAAUAACGUUGCAAGUAUUAUCGUUGAAAAUGCAGAUGCAAAAGAAGAAACAAUUAAAAACGAAGCACCUGAUAAAACAGAGGACAAACUUGAAGAUACUGACACAUCUGAAAAUACAGACGAUAAAAAUAUUGAAGAAAAAACUCAGGAAGAGAAAGUGGCUGAUAUUCUUAUAGGUACAACCACAACGGUUUAUGAAAAUAUUAAGGUUAAGAAAACAGAUAAUCCUAAACCUCUGAAAGUGUCCAGCUCUGCUCAAACUACAGCAGCUAUAAAACAGCAUCUACCAGCUUCAACUAUAAGCAAUUUGCUAGAAGACCAAAGAAUGAAAAAGGACUUUAAAUUGAUGCAAUCUAAAGAUUUCGAAAAUAUUUAUUCCCAAUCUAGUCAAUCGGCUGCCAAGAUGUACGCCAACUUAGUGAGAAACGAUGAGUUGUCGUUAUUUUUUAAUAUACCAAAAACAGUAAAAAAGGACGAAAAGACCUCAAGAAACUUAAGUCGAACGGACAGUCUACAAAUCAAUCGGUUGUUGAAGAAACUUGAAGUGUCCAUUUCGAAGGGAGAGUUGAGUGAUGCUUCGAAUAUCGCGCGGGAAUUGGCGGUACUCAAAGUGAAUUGUUCUGUUGUGAGACAUAAAACUUUAGCUUCAGCCAGGGAACGGACGAAAAAAAUUCAAAUAGAAAUGUACGUCGAAGACAAAGUAUCGCACAGAGGCCCAUUUCCCGUAGAUGUAAGUCCAGAUCAGACGUUGGCACAACUGAAAAUUCAAGUAGAACGAGAGUUUGAAAUACCGAUGGCAUUCCAGAGGUGGAUACUAGGCAAAGAAUUAGUUACUGACGACAACGCUCGACUGAAAGACUAUGGCAUUGUUAAAGAAGGCUGUCCCGUAUUUUUAUAUUUAGUAGCACCAGAAAAAACUGCUGAGCCAGAGAAGAAGCUUUUAGUCAAUUUAAAAGACGUACCAUCAACAUCAAAAGAAACCAACUUUGUGAAGCCAGUAGAAACUAAAGUCAACGGUGUAUCGUCGUCUAACCCGUUUGAUAGAAAUAAAAGUAAUAUUCCAAAAUUGGAUUUAGCCACUAAUGCUGCUAAUGCUUCGAAAAUAGAUCAAAAUGGUUUAACCGACUUGGAUCAUACACCAAAAAUAGUAAACGUAAUACCCAAAAUAACAGAAAUAAUAACGAAAAUCCCUAAUGCGUCUGGUUUACCUAAAAAAGAGAUUGCAGACAAAUCAAAAAUAUUGAAAAAAGAAACUUCCCCACCAAAAAUAGAAGUCAAGCUAACACAAAAACCUCCAAUACCAACAGAUGUCCUAAAAGUCGAAAUAAAGACCUCACAAAUACCAGUAACAGUUGUAGAAACUGUAAAAGUGGAAGUAAAGACAAGAGAAACACCUACAACUACUAAAAUUGUUAGUUCCGUUUAUAAAUCUGAGGCUUCUGUGGAAGAGAAGCGAAUCGACACUAGUGUUGCUGCAAAAUCUCAAGCCUCCAAUGUUUUAAUAAAACCAAAAACACCACCGGCGAAUUUGGAUCCCAAUUUAGAAGUAAAACCAAUAGUUCAGCACGUUUUUCCAACAAUUCAAAAUUCCUAUCAACCCCAACUUAAUUUAGAUGACUUAAAAAAAGCAGUACAACCGCCACCACAUAAGAUAGAUUUACCACCACCUUCUUCUUCUUCUUCUUCAGUAUCCGGAACUGAACAAAAAAAUAAACUUUUACCUGAGUCUACACCAGGAACUUCUAAUACUCCUCCUAAAGCAAAAGAAGAGGAAGAUUUUUCAGAUUACGAAUCAAAAACAUUAAAGCCUGUUAAAGAAUGGGAAUGUCAUUUAUGUACAUUAUUAAAUCCCUUAACAAGUAACAUUUGCGCUGUAUGUUCGACGAUCAGACUGCGCACAAAAACAGAACCAGCAGAAGAAAAGAAGCAAGAAGAAAAGAAGGUUAAAAUACAGCCGGUUACAUUGGAAGAAGAAAAAACGGAGCAACGUAUAGAAGACAAUCAACCCCAAACGUAUAUGCAAUUGCUGAAUUUAGACAAUAGGGAUUUAAUAGAGAAUACUGAAACAUUUACUUGUUUAGUUUGUUUCAUUGACAUAGCCCCCAGAGAAGGAGUAACGUUAAGAGAGUGUUUACACCAGUUUUGCAAGCCAUGUUUAUCUCAAACAGUAGAGUUUUCCGAUGAAGCUGAAGUUAAAUGUCCAUACAGGGACGAUAACUACGCCUGCAACCUGAGUCUUCAAGAUAGAGAGAUUAAAGCAUUAGUCAGUACGGCUGUGUAUGAUCAACAUCUGGCAAAGUCGGUAGCUCAAGCAGAAAACCGGAUUGACAAUUCGUUUCACUGUAAGACUCCUGAUUGUAAAGGAUGGUGUGUUUAUGAAGAUAAUGUUAACGAAUUCAAAUGUCCAGUAUGCAAGAGAACUAACUGUUUAACCUGCCAGGCAAUCCAUAUGGGAAUCAACUGCCGCCAAUUCCAAGAGAGAAUAAAAGACGACGCUAAUCUAGACGAGGAUGGCAAGAAGACCAAAGCUAUGUUGGAAGAAAUGGUACAGAAAGGAGAAGCAAUAGAGUGUCCUACAUGUAGAGUGAUUUUAAUGAAAAAGUGGGGGUGCGACUGGUUGAGGUGCUCCAUGUGUAAAACUGAAAUUUGUUGGGUAACUAGGGGGCCACGGUGGGGGCCAAUGGGUAAAGGUGAUACCUCUGGAGGUUGUCAGUGUGGCGUGAAUGGAGUCAAGUGCCAUCCGAAAUGCAAUUACUGCCAUUAGUAUAAUUUAUAUUGUUUGUUUUAAGCUGUUUAAAUUACACAAUUUUUCACACGAAAGUCCCACAGGAAAAAUUGCAAUAUCGAAUUUUUUUUUUUGGCGUUUAUAGAUUUCACAAAAAACUUUCAAAAAUAUUUUUUGAAUUUGUAUUGUACAAUAACAAAAAAAUAAAAUUAACAACUUAUUAUAUAAAAUUAGACCAUAACACGGUGGUCCUUAUUAAACACCUAUAUUGGGAUCAAUUGGGUCGAUUAAAAUAGACAAUCGUAUGACAGCAGAAAUGUCAAUAAAAAGAGGAGUUCGCCAGCGCUGUGUACUUUCUCCACUAUUGUUUAAUACAUAUUCCGAAAAGAUAUCCUGUGGAGAAGGGGAAGCAAGGCUAGGUCUAAUUAUGGGUUACGCACAGGGAACUAUUUCGAAUAAACGGGACUUUAUCUUUUUAUAAACUCGAUAUUUGGCUAGAGAAAAUACAUCAGUAUGUAACGUGAAUGGGUUUAGGAAAUGUGUGAUUCCUAAAAUGACAAAGGGCAAAGCAUUCAUUGAAAACGUUCUUGGAAUUGAAGCCUUAAGUACACAAUGCCAAGCUACUUUCAGUAAUUAAUAAAUCGAGACAUGGCGUGUCCCGUGGAUUUGUUAGUUAAGUGGAGGAUACUUUGGACAUGCUUCAGUAUUGAUAACCAGUCUAGAUUUAUUACGUAGAACAAUAGAGUCUUUUUUCAUCGAUCUUUCUUCUAUAUCACUAAACUCUGGUCAGAAUUUCUAUUCAGUUUUUUUAUUUGAUAUAUCUUUCUAGUCUAACUGUACAAUAUAUGAAAAAUAUACACGAUCGAGUAGUUAUAUUUAAAAAUUUCGAUAAAUUUGCACAAUUGUAGAAAAAAAAUAAGAACCAGCUGAUACGCAUUGUACUUCAAUUUAAAAUCAAAAAUUGUGUAAUUCUAAAUGGUAUAAUUUAGUAAAAUAUAUUAUUUCAAUACGAUUUACAUAUUAUAUAUUUUACGUUUUGACUCAAUUCUUGUUUUUGCAUAUGCUUUCAAUAUAUAGUCUGCCAAUUCCUAUAUUUUAACGAUAAAACAAAAUUGUUCAGACACGUCGAUUUUUAAUAUUUCCUAAUACCUUACGGUAUCAAAGUUUCGGUAUUUCGAUGAAACACCUUCAGAUGACAGCUACGCCCUCAUUUUUUUAUUAUAAAAUUAUGAGGCAACAAAUUAUUAUGAAACGUUAUUAUCAAUAUUAUAUAAAGCGUUUCUAAUUCUAACUUUUAUGCCAUUCAAUGUUGUUGGAGGUUCACGAUACACCAGAUUUUUAAUAUAGCCUCUGAAGAAGAAGUCACUUUACUUAAUUCCGGUGAUCUAGUUUGUCAAUAAACGGUUCUUCUCUUUAUAUCCAUCUGUUAGAAAACUGCUCAUUCAAUUCACCUGAGUGCGUUAUGAUGAGAAGGACCUCCUUCAUGUAAAUACCAUAAUUGUUGAUGGAUGUUGAGUGGCACGUUUUCAAGUAAAAUAAGUAAUUAUGAUUUACUAAAAAGACUAAUCAACUUCGGCGUUUACUGUUUUCUCAAAGAAGAAAGCGUCUAUUAGAUAAUUACCUAAAAUAUCAUCCCAAUCCCAAACGUUUAAGGACCACCUAGUUUCGUUCUUUGUAAUUAUUUAGAAUGGAUUUGUUGUAGAGUAAUACUGGAAGUUAUGCCAAUUGACACAUCCGUUUUUGUGAAACGUUGCUUCAUCUCUGAAUAAAACAAAAUCAAAAAAUGUUUGAAAAAUAUUUUCUAUUAUGCCCAUUCACACAAAGCCACCCUUCAUUCAAAAUCAUUCGCAGACAAUUCUUAUCGUCACUGGUGUGGUAUGGGAGCAUGUGGUGGAAUUUUCAAUUUGUAAAACAUACCUUCAUAGCAACCUUGAUUUUUUUGGUAUAUUUUAAUUGUACACAUUUAAAAAGACUUCCUCUCAGUGUCUGAUAUUAGGUAAAGAUUUUGGAAAAUUGAUUAUAUUCAGAAAAUAAAAUAACUCGAUAUCCGGGUUCUGGGAAAGAGCCCUAAAAUGGAGAGAAAAAAUUUAUGUAUUGAUCGCCAAAUGCAAAAAUACUUUGAGUUCUGAACGCUAUUUUUUUGUUAUCUCUAUGUUAAACAUUAUUUAAAUUUUUGUAAAGAUUUGAACUUUCUAAAGGGAAACGUUAUUUGUCUUUUGUUUAAAUGAAGAUGUAGACACUUAUAUGAUAUUACAUAUUGUGAUUAUUUACUAGUGAAUAAUUUAGUAUCUAUAUUAAGUUUCUCACUCACACAUCAAGUGUUCACAAAAUACAAUGAGUUAGUAUGUAAUUAAAUAAAAUGUUUUCAUUAAGU